UAUAUCCGCAGCUUGGUGGGGUGCGUUUUAUAGGGAUCCAUGGCAUGCGAGGAAUAGGCAAGACAACACUUGCUCGAGCUAUUUAUGAUGAACUUUCUCACGGGUUUGACAGAAGCUGCUUUCUUUUAAAUGUUAGAGAAAAAUCUGGAAAGGAUGGCCUAGUUUCUCUACAAGAAAAACUACUUUCCAGAAUCCUGAGGGCAAAAGUUGACAUUGAGGAUGAAUAUGCAGGAGCUACUAUGAUAGAAAGGCGGUUAUGUAAACUAAAGGUGCUUGUUGUAAUUGAUGAUGUGGAUGACCUCAAUCAAUUAGAUAAAUUGGCUGGAAGUCGGGACUGGUUCGGUCCAGGGAGUAGAAUUAUUGUAACCACCCCAGAUAUUCAUUUGCUAAGGGGACAUGAUGUUGAUGUAGAUGCUACAUACAAGGCUACUGGGUUCACUUGUGGUGAAGCUAUCCAACUAAUAAGUUUAAAGGCUUUCAAGAAAAACUUCCCACCAGAAAAUUAUUUGGACUUGUGCCACCAUAUUAUAGGGUAUGCUCAGGGGCUUCCGUUGGCUCUUGCGGUUUUAGGUUCUUUCCUAUCUAGUAGAAGCACCAAUGAAUGGGAAAGUACAAUAGAGAGGCUACACAAUACACCAAAUAGACAAGUUAUGGAUGUGCUUCAGAUUAGUUUUGAUGGACUAGAGGAAAAAGACCAACAGAUAUUCCUACAUAUUGCUUGUUUGUACAAGGGGAGGACAGGGAUCGUGUGACACAAAUACUAAGCUAUUGCAAGCUAGAACCUGGCAUUGGUUUGAAGGUUCUUGAGGAAAAAUCUCUCAUUACUAUUUUUAAGAACAAACUGUCGAUGCAUGAUUUGCUACAAGAAAUGGGCUUGGAAAUAGUGUGUCGAGAGUCCCCAGAUGAGCCAGGUAAACGAAGUAGAUUAUGGUCUCCCGAAGUUAUCCACAAUGUGCUGAAGAAAAAUAAGGGAACAGACAAAAUCCGAGCCAUGGUAAUGGACUUGCCUGAGUUAGAAGUGGCUCAUUGGAAACCAGAAGCCUUUUCAAAUUUGUCUCAACUCAGUCUUCUCCAUAUUCGUAACGUGGAUCUUCCCAAAGGCCUCACUUUUCUAUCUAAUUCCUUGAGACUCCUUGAUUGGAGUGGAUACCCCUUAAGAUCUCUCCCACAAAAUUUUGAACCAGACGAACUUAUUGAACUUAA